UUCAACAUGGCGCACGACAAGAGCACAUCAUGAACGUUGGAAACUAAAACAUCGAUUUAUUUGGUUAAUGGACGCCAUAAAGUUUGUAUACUUUCUAACAUGAACGCCGUUUAAUUAUAGAUUUAAUUAACCUACCUGAUGAACGAAGUUGUUGACAAGAGCAGUGAAUUUUCGCUCGAUUGAGAUACGUAAGCGCCGUCUUUGUGGGUUUUUUUUCUAUAUAAUCAGCAGCUCUCUCAUUAUAUGCUGAAAGCGGAAAAGUUCAUGAGCUAGAUAAAAGCAUCCGCGCUCUCCAUGUGAGACCAACCAUUAGCACCUUAUUAAAGUUAUUUGUGUGUGUGGACGCUUAUUGUGAAGAUGACCGAGACUAGAGAAGAGCGUCGUUUUGCUGAAGUAUCCCGAGACUCCAUCAAACUGAUGGGCGAGAGUGCCGGGGUUGAGCUGGGGGAUGAUUUAGCCUCGAUGCUCGCUGAGGACGUGUGUUACCGACUCAGAGAGGCGACACAGAACAGCUCACAGUUUAUGAGACACGCCAAGAGACGAAAACUGACUGUUGAGGACUUCAACAGAGGACUGCGCUGGAGCAAUACUGAGGUUGUUUGUGGCUACGGUGCUCAAGAUGCCGUACCGUUCCGGCCGCUAAAAGAGGGAGAACUUUUCUUUGUUGAAGAUCGGGAGGUGAACCUGGUGGAGUUGGCUCUCGCCACCAACAUUCCUAAGGGCUGCGCUGAGACAACAGUGCGAGUGCACGUGUCUUAUCUCGAUGGAAAGGGAAAUCUGGAACCUCAGGGAACAGUCCCCAGUGCUGUGCAGUCUCUGUCAGAUGACCUACUCAAAUAUUACCAGCAGAUCACUAGAGCCAUAUUAGGCGAGGAUCCACAUCUUAUGAAGGCUGCUUUAAUGGAUCUUCAGUCCAACUCCAAGAUUGCUGCUCUUCUGCCUUAUUUUGUUUACGUCAUCAGUGGGGUGAAGUCAGUAAGUCAUGAUCUGGAUCAGCUGAACCGGCUGUUGCACAUGGUGAAGAGUCUGGUUCAGAACCCGUAUCUGUAUCUCGGCUCGUAUGUGCGCAGUCUGGUGUCCAGCGUCAUGUAUUGCAUCCUGGAGCCACUUGCUGCAUCUAUCAAUCCACUCAAUGACCACUGGACCUUGAGGGACUAUGCUGCUCUGCUUCUCAGCCACAUCUUCUGGACUCAUGGGGAUCUGGUGAGUGGACUAUACCGUCAGAUACUCUUGUCUCUGCAGAAGGUUCUGUCAGACCCAGUGCGUCCUCUCUGCUCACACUAUGGAGCGGUUGUCGGAUUACACGCUCUCGGCUGGAAGGCUGUAGAGCGCGUCUUAUAUCCCCAUCUGCCCGCCUACUGGGCGAAUCUGCAAGCUGUGCUGGACGAUUACUCCGUCUCAAAUGCACAAGUAAAAGCAGAUGGGCACAAAGUCUAUGGAGCCAUUCUUGUGGCAGUGGAGCGUCUGCUGAAAAUGAAAGCUGUGAGUUUGACCGCAGAAGGGGGUCCUGCUGCUGUUCAGAGUUCUGCGGGCGGAGGAAUGUGCUUUAGAGAGAGCUCACCAGGUCUCAGUCCCCCUCCUGAACCCCUCUCUGAAGCCCCUCUGGGUAUUGCAAGCCACUUGCAGGCAGCAGGAACAGGAUGCCAGUGGGAAGACUGGACCCCUGUCUCUCUGCCUGCUAUGUACUGCGAACUCUACUCCUUCUUUGGAGACAGUUUGGCUGUGCGUUUUAGCACAGGGCCUGCAUUAGGCAGUGCACCACCUGCAGCCCCAGUGCAACCUUCUGAUGCCAGGAAAGAAUCAGGGAGUGGUGCAGGCAGCAUGGAGAGCACACGCAAGAUGCCGCAGCUCACUGCCAGCAUGAACCUCAGUCCCAGACCAGAUGGAAGCCCACGUACUGAGACCGUACCACCUACACUGGGUGCUACUGCAUCAGGGAGGUCUCUGGCUCGCUCUUCUUCCUCUUCCUCAUCCGCAACCCCUCGUUCCAGGUCCUCCUCCCGUCCAGGGCGUUCUGCCAGCCAAUCAAGAGACAUCUUCCCAAAAGCUCGCUUCCUGGCGUCCCAGGUGGGGCCUCCAGCCUUCUCCUUUUUGAUUGGUGGCCGCCAGAUGGGCCGGCGAUGCCAGGGUCGACGUUUCCAGACGAGCUUCACUCCAACUUCAUCCGUCAGCUCCCUUCCACCUCGUGCCUAUGCCCACAAACUGCCAGUUAUCGGGAGAGUGAGCAAACCUGUGAGACGCUGGACAUGCUCUCAUUAUUCACUGUAUCUGCCCCUUUAAUGCACACAGAGACACUGGAUUGGCUAAUCGUGCCGUGGAACCCGCUACUUUGGUUUUCUCGUGUACUUUUUUUCCCCCUCUUUAAAGCACUAGAUUUAGCUGCAGAACUGUAGGCUGACCACAGAUAUGUUUUUCUCAAUACACGCCACAAACUAAAAGCAGCUGUUUGAUUUAUUUUUUUUAAUACCUUUUUUGUCGAAUGUUUUGCAAGACGUUGUAAUGUAAAAUAAAACCAAGCAUCUGGAAGCCUGUUUAUUUUGUCUCAUACUUGAUCAUAAAAGAUGUCAUUGCUUUUGUGACAGCAAAGAAUUAGUGUCUAUAAUGAACUCGGAAACUACAGUGACCUAAUAUUUCCUCAUGGGCCAUUGAUUGCUGUUGUAGAAAGGACAUUAAUCAGCUACAGUUACGUUAUUUACUGUUUAGUGUCACCCAAAUGAGGAUGGGUUCCCUUCUGAGCCUGGUUCCUCUCAAGGUUUCUUCCUCAUAUCAUCCCAGGGAGUUUUUCCUUGCCACCGUCGCCACAGGCUUGCUCAUUAGGGAUAAAAUAAAUUAAGGAUAAAAUAGUUUAAUAAUUUAAUUUAAUAAUUUAUUUUUAUUUCUAGCUAUUUAGUUAUUUUUUAUUUUCAUUUUUUCCCCCCUCCCCUUUCUCCGUUUCUCUUCUUGUGUAAAGCUGCUUUGAGACAAUGUUCAUUGUAAAGGACGCUAUACAAAAUAAACUGAAUUGAAUUUUGCACA